AUGCCACGCUGGCCACGCUUGGAUCGGCAGUGGAUUCGUCGUCUGCUACCCACAUGUGAACACAAUGUCUCGCUUGCCCGUCGCCAUUUACAGUGGAUCAAGGAGAAAGCCUCCGAUCAAGCUACUGGUGCUGUAGCCAUUCCUGUUGUCAAUGCUGCCAUUCGUGAUCGGGUCUUGUUCGAUAAACCACUUCAGUAUGUUCUUGGUACGCAACCUUUUGGUGAACUCGAUAUUGUUACUCGACCCCCUGUUCUUAUUCCUCGAUGGGAGACUGAAGAAUGGGUGCAUCGCCUUAUUGAUAUCCUCAAACCUCGGUUACAAGAUUCAACAACCCCUUUUCGCAUUUUGGACAUAUGCACAGGCACUGGAUGCAUCGCCUUAGCACUUGCUUCUCAACUACCCAAUGUCCAUGUCACUGCAAUCGAUAUUGCGGAUGAAGCUAUCGACCUGGCACGCCAUAACCAACGUAUUCAUGCGAUUCAAUCAGUCGACUUUUACAAGAUGGAUGUAUUCGAUCUGCAAGUACCAUUCAGUCAUAAGCAGCCAUUUGAUAUGGUGGUGGCCAAUCCACCUUAUAUAACGGAGGAAGAGUAUGCACUUCUUGAGCCAUGUGUCAAGGACUGGGAGGAUCAAAGGGCCCUGAUGGCGGAUGAUCAUGGUUUGGCUGUACAUAAGCGGAUUGCUACCUUGUGCAGUGCAUCCCAUUUCUUGAGGCCGUGUCAAGAGGAUAAAGGACAUCCAAGGUUGCUUAUGGAGAUUGGUGGAAGCCAUCAAGUACCGGUGCUCACGGAGAUUCUCACAAAGUCAUUUCGAAACGUGUCUACAUGGAAGGAUUUGGCUGGCAAAGAACGCGUAGUCGUAGCUUCUUGA